AUGAACUCUACACAGCUUUCAUUCUUCACACUGAGUGCUUACUUCGACACCGGACACUUUAAAUCUGCCUGUUUCCUGGCUGUGCUGCUGCUCUAUGUGUGUAUCGUUGGAGCCAACCUGCUGCUGAUCCUGGUGAUCUGUGUGAACAGAACCCUUCAUGAGCCCAUGUACCUGUUCCUGCUCAGCCUGUUUGUCAACGAGCUGUACGGCAGCAGCGGCCUGUUCCCGUUCAUCCUGGUUCAGAUCCUGUCGGACUCUCACACCAUGUCGGCGCCGCUCUGCCUCCUGCAGAUCUUCAUCGUGUAUUCUUAUGGAGGGAUUGAGUUUUUCAACUUGGCUGUCGUCCGAAACAUAGUCUUCUUCAUAGUCUUCUGUCCUCUGAGUGUGAUCCUUUAUACGUAUUCACAGAUCUUCAGAGUGUGUUUUUCAGGCUGUGAGCAGAGCCGGCAGAAAGCCGUGGCCACCUGCACGCCUCACCUGGCCUCGCUCCUCAACUUCACCUGUGCAGCCACACUUGAGAUCCUGCAGAACAGAUUAUACAUGAACACCUUUCCCAGCACACUUCGCGUUUUCCUCUCGCUGUACUUCAUGACCUGCAUUCCUCUCUUUAACCCUUUGAUGUACGGCCUGAAGCUGUCCAAGAUCCGCCUGAGCUGCAAGAAUCUGAUAACGAAGUCUGCUCUACACUGA